AUGUUUAAGAAAGAUAUUCCCCCAAGCAACCGGUCUAAGGUUAAAUCCUCCGUGCAGCGCGGUCUGCGCCAGAAGCUGCUGGAGACAUACCCGGGUCUUGAGCCAUUUAUUGAAGAUAUCAUGCCCAAGAAGGCCUCAUUGGAAGCCGUGAAAUUACCUGAGCGCGUCACUCUCUACACAAUAGAAUCCACACCCUUCUUCUUCCAACCCAUCGACGGACCUCCUGUGCCUCACCUCCGCCUCAUCCACGCCUAUCCCUCCGCCAUCCCGACAAUCCAGAUCGACCGCGGCGCCAUCCGCUUCGUGCUCUCCGGCGCGACGCUCAUGGCCCCCGGUCUUACCUCCCCGGGAGGACGUUUGCCCGAUGCCGAGCAUGCGCUUGAGGCCGGGCAGAUCGUCGGUGUCAAGGCUGAGGGCAAAGAGGAGAUUUGCCUUGUCGGCAUGCUGAAGGUUGGCACUGAGGAGAUUAAGAGCAAAGGCAAGGGUGUUGUUAUGGAUGAGGGUCAUUAUCUUGGCGAUGGACUCUGGAGAAUGCAUUUGGAUUAA